UCCGUGCUUCCACCGGCGGCGGCGACACUCACUCACAGAGGAGAUGGCGGCCAGAGGGGGGUUUCAGUCGGCACCGACGGCUGGUGGUGGUGGAGCAAUGGGACCAGGACCGCCGGUACCGGGCGCAGGACCAGGCAUGGGCCCCGGGACUCCUUCUGGAAGGAUGGGACCGUCGUCGGCGGCGCAGAACCACAUGUACCGCUCCCCGAUGCCCGGGCCUGGCUACCCGAGACCAGGCAUGCCUCCAUCCAGCCGUAUGACACCUCAGGGACCAGCCAUGGGCCCCCCCGGGUAUGGCAACAGUCCAGUGUCUCGCCCUGUGAUGCCCGGCGUGAUGGACCCGUCUCGCAAGAGGCCCGCCCCCAACCAGAUUCAGCAGGUGCAGCAGCAGAACCGCAACCAGCACACGAAGAAGAAGAAGAUGGCUGAUAAAAUUCUACCUCAGAGGAUCAGGGAACUGGUCCCAGAGUCUCAGGCUUACAUGGAUCUGCUGGCUUUUGAAAGGAAGCUGGACCAGACCAUCAUGCGCAAGAGACUGGACAUUCAGGAGGCUCUAAAGAGGCCUAUAAAGCAAAAGAGAAAGCUCCGUAUCUUUAUAUCAAACACCUUCAACCCGGCCAAGCCCGAUGCUGAGGAUGGAGAAGGCACAGUGGCAUCGUGGGAACUGCGUGUUGAGGGCCGCCUGCUGGAAGAUACUGCUGUGUCCAAGUAUGAAGCCACCAAACAGAAGAGGAAGUUCUCCUCUUUCUUUAAGUCUCUUGUGAUUGAGUUGGACAAAGAUCUGUACGGUCCAGAUAAUCACCUUGUGGAGUGGCACAGAACUGCCACCACCCAGGAGACUGAUGGCUUCCAGGUGAAGAGGCCUGGUGAUGUGGGGGUCCGCUGCACCGUCCUGCUUAUGCUUGACUACCAGCCCCCUCAGUUUAAGCUGGACCCUCGGCUGGCUCGUAUGCUUGGCAUCCACACCCAGACCAGACCUGUCAUCAUUCAGGCCCUGUGGCAGUACGUCAAGACCCACAAACUCCAAGACCCCCAUGAGCGCGAGUUCAUAAACUGUGACAAAUACCUGCAGCAGAUCUUUGAGACUCAGCGAAUGAAGUUCUCUGAGAUCCCGCAGCGCUUGCAUGCACUCCUGAUGCCCCCAGAGCCAAUCAUUAUCAACCACGUGAUCAGUGUGGACCCUAAUGACCAAAAGAAGACUGCAUGCUAUGACAUUGAUGUGGAGGUGGAUGACACACUGAAGACCCAGAUGAAUUCCUUCCUGCUCUCCACGGCCAGUCAGCAGGAAAUAGCAGGACUGGACAACAAGAUCCAUGAAACCAUUGAGACCAUCAACCAGCUGAAGACUCAGAGAGAAUUCAUGUUGAGUUUUGCCAGAGAUCCUCAGGGCUUUAUCAAUGACUGGCUCCAGUCCCAGUGCAGAGACCUCAAGACUAUGACCGAUGUGGUCUCAAACCCAGAAGAAGAGAGAAGAGCAGAGUUUUACUACCAGCCGUGGGCUCAGGAGGCUGUCUGUCGCUACUUCUACUCCAAGGUCCAGCAGAGGCGACAGGAGCUGGAGCAGGCGCUCGGCAUCAGGAACACCUAAACAAAUUUGGUCCACAGGCGACAAAUGAGACGACUAAUGUGUGUGGGAUGUUCAAAGUGAAUUCCUCGCAGAGUUUUCUGAAAACUUCGACAGAUAGAUACUAGACGAAUUUACUGUUAUAUAGGAUGUCUUUUUUUUUCUUUCUUUUUUUUUUUCACCCUGCAGCUCGAUUACGUUCACAGUUUGGUUGCUAUUUCCAAUAUUUUGUAUGAUUUAUUUCUGAUUUUUUUUCCCUCACAGCACAGCUCCUUGUAUUUUGUUGUGCAUGUACUAAAGCCUCACCUGAAAGCAUUCCUGUCAUUUUGAUAUGUGUUCCCACACAAAAAUGCAGAUUGAACACAAGCGAACAAAGAGCAGAGCAUACCUGGCAGCCCGUAAAUCAGCUGGGAUUGUUGUUUCUGCCUCUGGCUUUUUGUUCCCCUUUUUGGAAGGUAAAUUGACAUUUUAAACCCCUAACCCUCGCCCAUUCUGUUGGAUAUUGUUUAAAUAGUCAAUCAGGAUUUAUUUUGAUUUGAUUUUUGCUGCACAUUGGCUGUUAAUGUGUCACUUUGUCUUAAGUUCUCAAUGGUUUGUUUGUGCCACAGUCAGAGAGAUGUUUGAAGCUCAAUUAUGACAGAAUCGACAUCUUUUUUCAGAAUGUGUGGCAUUUAGUAUGAAGUUUUUUCUUUCCUUUUUUAUUAUCAAUGAUUCUUGUUUUCAAAUGUGUAUUAUAUCAGUACUUGUCUUGUUAGCUAGUACAGAUUAUCAUGGAAGUAGCUAGUCUGAGUACCUCUAGUCUAUAUAGUUUUGUAAAUACUGAGCAUAAAUAAACUGAAGAUGGAUGUGAA